AUGUUCCUGCUGUGUCUGCUGCUGCUGCUGCUCCAUGGCGUUCAACUGGGUUCUGCAGCCCCCAAUCCGUACAAGGAUCAUCUGCGCAGUAAAUUCACCAACAUCAGCGUGGAGUACAGUGCGGAAUUUUGCAGCAGCCUCAGAGCCUGGCUGACGCCGCAGGGUGACCUCAACAUGGACAUUCAUUUGAAUCGAACACUCAGGCAGGGAAUGCGCACCAGCAUGACCCUGCUGCAGCGAGUGGCAGGUGUCUCCAAAUCCACGCGCUAUCAGACGCUCUUCAGCUACGACAUGGACACAUGCAGGACCCUCAAGGAGCUCAUGCAGGCGAGUCUCAUGAAGGUGUGGCUGCAGAAUGUCUUCAAGUAUGGAAACUUGGCCACCCGCUGUCCCAUCAAGCCCGGCUUCUACGACCUGCGCAACCUUCACAUGGACAACCACAGCAUUCCUGGGUAUUUGCGACCCGGCUUCUAUCGUGUCCAAAACACCAACUACUAUCGCAGGCCCAGGGGCGGACUGCGUCGGCUGGUUGCCACUUUCACGCUGGACAUAAAGUUCUAUUAAAUGGAAAAAUGCGA